UUACAAGCAGAUUGUUCAGUCACAUUUUGGUAUAUUUUGUGUGUUGGCAUUAGCAAGCCCGUUUAUCAAACCCUAAUCAUUAGCCCCCGGAAGUGGAAUGGCUCUAGCAACAUCUUCUUGUUGUAAUCCACUUCAAUGCCCAAUCGUAUCACCAACAACUUGUACUAACCCCUUAUUCAAGAUUCGUUGCUCACCCUCUUUCGUUCCCCCGUUGAAGACUAUUUCUCAAAGCACCUUACUCUCGCCCUCGCUUUCUUCCAUUCGUCCAUUGCAAUUUAGUUUGUUUAGCAAGUAUCCUGUAAGUCGAGGGGUAGCUUGUGGUGCUGCAUCUGCUGCAGGAAGUUCAAGCUCUGAAAAUGACAUUAAUCCAUAUGAAGUUCUGGGUGUGAACUCCAUUGAGGGAUUUGACAAGAUAAAGGCUACAUAUCAAAGAAAACGCAAGGAUGCUGAGAGGAGAGGUGACUAUGCCACUGCUGAUCGUUUGGAAAGCGCAUAUGACAAACUCAUGAUGCUUCAGCUAUCUAAUAGGAAGAAAGGAAUCACAGCUGGCUCAUUUCAGGUUUCAAAGGAUAUAAAAUAUGCUGAUAAGCAACCACUUGUACCAUGGGGACCAAGGUUUGCUAAGUCUGAUAUUAAAGAUAUGCAAAUUAACAUGGCGAUUUCAGCUGCAUUUAUAGCUUGGAUUCUCAUUAAGCGAACUGCUGAGUGGCAACCUGUGCAGUUCAUAUCAUUUGUGUAUGUUUACAGAAUAUUUGAGAAGCUAAAAACAUUUGAACCCCCGGUAUCCACAUCCACUGAAGAGGGUGAGGAAGAGGGACGUCUGAUGCGAAUGGGAAAAAGGCUUCUUCGAUCUCUUUCACUGGUGUUUGGUUGUAUAGCAGUGUCAUCUUUGGGGUAUACUGGUGUCCUUAAUGCUAUUGAGUUGGUGCGCGGCUAUAUACCUACUUUCCUAUACAAUAACCAGGAACUGCUGGUUACUGCGACAACAUCAAUCGCACUUUACAUUAUGGCAUCUUACUACAGAUGAUGAUUUUCCACUUGGCCAGUGAAGAAUCAAACUUCCAUAUCAGUGGGAUGUUUCUCGCUUUGAUCCAGAAAGUAGACGGAUUAUGGAAUUAAUCUGUUAGAUAUCAGUUGCCUUUUGUAUCCAGAAAGUAGACUUUCUACAACUAGUUUAUAGGUUGUUUAAUGAAUUGAGCGGGAAAACUGGGCAAUUACCAAAUUGGUUCUGCAGAGAAAUUUGGUGUUCAAAUAGCUAUGUAGUCCAGAUUUUAUAAAUGAGUGAAGUAUAAUGUGCAUCUCAA